AGACGGCAGCAGACGAACACACAGUGACACUGAAUCACAGAAGAAGAAGAGCUCGAUCACGCGGAGGAACAUGGCGUCCUGCAGCAGGUUGCCCUUGCAUCCUUUCCUCUGCAGUGUGUCAGUACGCCUCGCCUGUAACAGAAAUGUCCAGGUUGAGGCUUCCACAGCAAAGAGUUUAUAUCCACCCAUUCUCCCCUCCCGCACCGCGAAAAGUAAAUCGGCGAAGCGGCGCGUGGUCACGGAGCAUUUCGAGCAGCUGCGCUCGUGCACGGCGCAGGAGAAGAUCCGAGCGCUCACUCGCGUUCAGCGCAAGAAGUAUGUGAUUUACCCACAAACAUUUGCUCUCAACGCAGACAGAUGGUAUCAGCACUAUACCAAAACGGCGUUUCUCAACGGCCUGCCCGAGAAGUAUGACCCUGCGCCGGCGGUGGAUGAGUCCGUGCUGUCUGAGGCGCGAGAUGUAGUCUGCAGCUCCAUCCUUCAACAACACUGGCAUGCGAUGAAAGGGAGGACUUUCACCCAGAAAGAGCAAGAACAGCUCGUCUCUCCGUUUCUGAGGAACGCGGUGUGUGGUCUGAAAAACCUCCUGGCCAAAGAAAACCCCGUGCUGAGUCUUUCAAGUUUAGAUUUUGACCCUCAGGUCAGCUAUUACUGGUUGCGGGCAGAAAGGACUAUUCCAGAGGGCCACAGGAGAGGACGGGUCGAGCCCAUGAGGUUUCAGAUUGAGGACAAACCUCACAGUCAGAUCAGGAUCCCACAUCAGCUUCCCCAGUUUGUUCCUCUUGAGGCAGAAAUCUCUGCUGAAGUUCCCAUUAUCACUUUGGCUCCCGACCUGCUGCCCUUGUUCAGGAGACAGUAUGACAAUAACAUCUUCAUAGGUGCCAAACUGGAAGAUCCAUGCUGCUACGGUCACACACAGUUUCAUGUGGUCCCUGAGCGGUUCCGCAGGGACAAAAUGAGCAAGAGAGGGUUAUCUGAUCAGGUGGAGUUGUCCCUGAGGGCCAGCGCUAUUGCCAGCCUGUUUGCAUGGACAGGGGCGCAAGCUAUGUAUCAAGGCUUUUGGAGUGAAGAGGAUGUGAGCAGGCCAUUUGUGUCUCAGGCUGUCAUCACAGACGGGCAGUUCUUCUCGUUUUUCUGCUAUCAGCUCAAUACUCUGGCUUUGAGUCCAAGGGCUGACUGCAAUAACAGCAGGAAGAACGUGUGCUGGGGCACAGAAAGCAUACAGCUGUAUGAGAGAAUCACAGACGGAGACAUAGUGGGCUUGAACGAUACUGUUCUUAGGCUGUUGCUGCAGUUUUUACUGAACAAUGCACAGUGUUGAAAAUGAUGUGAUUGUUCUAUGUGUUAAUAAACAUAAUAUAUGGAGCUGCAUGUUAAUUUUGUUUAACAAUCUGUUAUAGAAGUUUUUGUUUUAGGUUUAAGUGCCUAAAAUAGAACUGAAAAUUAUGGAUGGUUGAUGGAUCAACAAAUCACAGUCAUGUAUUUAAAGGAAUAGUUAACCCAAAAAUGAACAUUAUGUCAUCUACUCACCCUCAUGUCAUAGUAUUCUGUAGAAAGUUUUUGAAGCUCAAAAUAGGUGGAGUUGGCCAUUGCCAUUUUGGCAGUGCGUCACCACACGUCAAUUGAAAAUCAGAUCAUUAGAAAUGGGCAAAAAGUCACCAGGGGCAAUCCACCUGUCACUCAAGUGGCCGCGCCCAUAAUUAUACAGAACUUUAUGGCUUAAUAUAAUUUAAACGGAUGAGUUAUAAAAAAAAAAA